GGGUCCUUUCAUUUUCUCUGCAACUGCAACUUUAUGGCAGGACGGAUCGAGGCUUCUUCCUCUUCCUCUUCCUCCUACGCGUCCACUGCUGGAUCUUCAACAACUUACGACGUGUUUCUCAACUUCAGGGGUGAUGACACUCGCAAAAGCUUCACUGGCCAUCUCUACCGUGCUCUGACCAGAGAACGGAUCCAUGUCUUUAUGGAUAGCUACGAACUGUGGGAGGGAGAAGAGAUUGGGCCAAAACUUCUCGAUGCAAUCCAAAGGUCCAAAGUCUCUAUUCCUGUCUUUUCCAAAGGCUAUGCGGACAGCAAAUGGUGCUUGAUGGAACUUGCCAAGAUGCUGGAGUGCCAUAGAACCAACGAUCAGAUUGUUCUGCCAAUAUUCCUCGAUGUUGAUCCCUCUGAUGUCCGACAUCAGACCGGAAGUUUUAAAGAAGCGUUUCUUGAACAUGACAAGAAAUAUGAAGCUCACAUAGUACAGCGUUGGAGGGAUGCUUUGAGUGAGGUAGGGAAAUUGAAGGGAUGGGUUCUCGAUGAAGUUGAAAACGGGGAUGAAUCAAAAUUAGUUAAGCUUGUUGUUGAAAGGUCUUUAAGAGAAACAAGCAGCAAUUUCUUGAGUGAUAUUGAAUAUGGGAUUGGAUUAGAAUCUCGAGUAAAUGAUCUAGUGUCUUUAGUAAAUAGUGAUUCCAAAGACAUUCUGUUUAUUGGAAUAUGUGGCAUAGGUGGUAUUGGGAAGACUACUAUUGCUAAAGCUCUCUACAAUCGCGUCAUUGAAAGAUUUUGUCAGAGUUGCUUUCUUGCAAACAUUAGAGAAGAAGCGUCAAGGCCUAAUGGAUUAGUUUCUUUGCAAAAGGAACUCGUCUAUAAUAUCUCCCAUAGAAAAAUUCGUGGUGAAAUAUUUAGUGUUGAUUGGGGAAAAGAAUUGAUAAAAAGAAGACUCCAAGGAGAAAAUGUUCUUCUUAUUCUUGAUGACGUGGAUCAUCGUUCCCAACUCAAAGCUUUCGGUAUUGAUCGGAAUUGGCUUGGUCAAGGAAGUAUGGUCGUAAUAACGACAAGAGAUGAGAAAAUUCUAAAUGCAGCUAACAUUGAUGAAGAUAAAAUAUAUUGGCCUAAAGAAUUGGAUUUUGAUCAAUCACUUCAACUCUUUAGCUUGCAUGCCUUUCAAAAGAAUGAACCUUCUGAAGAGUAUAUGGAGCUUUCGCAUGCUGUGACAAACUAUUCAGGAGGGUUGCCUUUGACUCUAGAGGUGUUGGGGUCCUCCCUAUCAGAUGUAAAAAGCAAAGAAGUGUGGGAAUGCACAAUAAAAAAAUUGAGAGAAACUCCUCCUAAAGAUGUAUAUGAAAGGUUGAAAAUAAGUUAUGAUAAUCUGGAAGACAAUUAUGAGAAAGCCAUAUUUCUUGAUUCUGCAUGCUUUUUCAAUGGAUGGGAAAAAGAAACUUUAAUUUCCCUAUGGGAAGCUUGUGGGUAUCAUCCGAAAUCAACACUACACAUAUUAAUUAAAAGGUCCCUUCUAAAAUUUGAGUGUCGCUUUGAUGAGAAUUGUGGGUUUUCCAAAUACUACAUGAAGAUGCAUGAUCAAAUUUGCGACAUGGGAAGGAAAAUUGUUGCAGAUGAAAGUUUCAAGGAGCCGGGUAAGAGUAGCAGGUUAUGGUCUCCUGACGAAAUCUUGGAAGUUUUAGAAGGACACAAGGGAACAGACAUGAUAAAAGGCAUGAUCCUUCCCUCUGACUUACCAAGAGUUUAUCUAGAUAAUAAACAUUUUGAGAUGAUGUCCAAUCUAAGGUUUCUCGACAUUAGUUUAGCCAACUUCAGGGGAGAGUUUUCGUGCCUUCCUUUUGCAUUAAGAUGGUUAAGGUGGAGGACCUGCCCUUGGAGUAUUCUUCCAAUCAAUUUUUGUCAUGAGAGACUAGUUUAUCUCGACUUUUCCAAGAGCAAUAUUAAAGAAGCUUGGAAUAUGAAACCUCAAGAUAAAAAUAAGCGAUUCCAAAACUUAAAAGUUCUCGAUUUGAGUGGAUGUAAAAAUCUAUCUAAGUCCCCAAACUUUUCAUGGUUUCUUCACUUGGAGGGAUUAGAUCUUGGAGGCUGCUAUUCCUUGGAUAAGUUAGAUGAGUCCAUUGAGCAGUUGAGUCAGCUCAAAAGUCUUAUUCUUUUCGGGUGUGGGUCAAUUAAGGCAUUGCAAGCUUGAGGUAUUAGAUGUUGAGGGUUGUGCUGAACUAGUGAAGCUACCAAGAUCAAUGCGGAGAAUGAGGUGUUUGCGUACCAUUAAUUUGAGAUAUACUGGCAUUUCAAAAUUUCCUGAUGAUUUUUCAAUGCUCCAUAAUUUAGAGGAGUUGAACAUUUCUCCAGCGGAGAAUAUAUUCCUUUGUCAAGGAAUCACUGCGGAAUUAGCAGACGCGGGAAACUACCUUGAAAUACCCAGGAAGUUGGAAUACCUCCCGGAACUUCCCCCAAGUUUAGUUAAACUAGAUUGUUCAUGGUGCGAUUCACUGGUACGACUACCGGAUUUGUCAAGGCUUAAAAAUUUGACGAUACUAUCUCUUGAGGGUUGUAGAAAGCUGGAGGAGAUUCGAGGCCUCGAGGGAACAGAAUCCUUGGAAGAAUUGAAUGCACGAUGUUGCUGUGAAGUGACACAUACUCGAAGGAAGCUACUUGGCCAGGGAACAUUUUUAUCCAAUCGGUCAUGGCAAGAUAGAUAUUCCUUGACUGCUAAUGGUGGGGUGUAUGAGUUGGGAUUAAUUCUGUGCAUUGUUUUGGAAUUCCAGUCCGAAUGGGGUUGGCUACAAACCAUUGACCUAGAUAUUACGGCUCAUAUCCGCCAUAAUAAAGAUAAAGCGACCUGGUGUUUUCAUACGCUGAGAAUUGAGGACGUUGCGAUCACUACUGAACGAGAUACAAUCUACAUUCACCAUUUCAAAGGCUUUGAGUGGUUUGGGAUUCCUUUGCAGGGAAAAGAAGCUAUUGAGAUUUUAGCAAUCAAAUCUAUCAGGGACGGAUGCACAGCAAAAUUCUGGGAGGUCUUGUCUGAGAACAGGGAACCUGACCAACAAAAGCCUAAUCAAAACUUAAGUGCCAUGAUGGUUGCACAUUUCUUCAAUUGGUCAUAUGUGGAAGAUGAUGGUGGAGUAGCUUCUCCUAAUUCGAGCUUACCAUGUUGGUCAGGAUCUAAGGUUGAAGGAUCAAAUUCUGUUCCUCAACAAAUAGAGGAGGAAGAGAGAAUGGAGGGUGAAGGAUCAGACUCUGUUCCUCAAGAAAUAGAGGAGGAAGAGAGAAUGGAGGGUAAAAGGAUCAGACUCUGUUCCUCAAGACAUAAGAGGAGGAAGAAUUAGAGGAAGAGAGAAUGGAGGGUGAAGGAUCAAACUCUGUUCCUCAAGAAAUAGAGGGAGAAAGAAUGGAGGUUGACGGACCAAAUUCUGUUCCUCAAGAAUUAGAGGAAGAGGAAAUGUUCAAGGGGGCUGGUAACUGCAAGGAAGCUUGUGUUGAUGACGAGGAGGACCAGGGAAGGGUAAUCCCUCUUGAGUCUUCAUUUGUGGUGGUUGAAGGAUGCAACAAUGUUCCUGAAGAUGUUGAGAAGAAAGAAGAUGAGGCAGCUGGCUCAGGGGUGUGCAAUUGGUUUGUCGCAGUGAAAGCUGUUUGGGAUUAUUGUUUCUGCACCUCUUUCAAUACAGGGUUUUCUUCAUCAGGUUAGUUGAAUCUAUCUUAUUGAAGAGAAGGUUAGCCUCAGGGAUGGGUACUUUUGGGGAGCAAUUAUGGAUCGUUGGAUGUGUUAAGUACACGUAUCACACAAACAAGCCCAUAUGGGGCACUAUCCGGGCGAUGGCCUUUAUAAAGAGGAUCUGGAUCCUAAAUAUUGUCAUAUUAAAUGUGUACUUGUGCAUGACGUUGAUACAUUUUAUACUGACAUGGGGAUAUGUAUUUUUCAAAUUUUUUUUUGGAUAAGCUUUUAUGUUCUAUUUUUGCUAA